AUGGUCGUGGCUUUACCAAUGAUAUCCUGCAUGAUGGCGUACCGGUCUGUGACACGCAUGUGGAUGAUCUGUGCAAACAGCAAAGUUGGUAGCCUGGGUUACGUGGAGGACUUCAAUUGCGAGAAGACCUGGCUUGCGCGCCUAGUGGUUUGUCAGAACAUGUACAACACUAAUUUGCUCUUGGCUGAUGUGUACGAGUCCUGGGCUUUGCUGCACUUCGCCGAUCUGGCGCUGAAAAUCAUUACUGCCUCCCAGACAAAGCAAGUACAGACGAUCAGCGACCGGGAUGUCACAGACAAUGUGGCGGCACGCAUGGGGAAAAGCCUCCACAGCCUGACAAAACAAGGAGUUUAUCUCUUCAUGGGAACCUGCUUCAUGCAAGCAAUCUACCACCUCCUGACAACAUCAGUGGAAGCCUAUCUGGGUGGAGCCGUUACUCUGCCAUUUAGUCAGACGGUCUACCGAAUUCGGACGCAAGUACAUUAUUUGUUUCUGGGAAUGGGUAUCGUGGCAUCGACCGCUGCAAUCAACAACGUCAUCACCGUUGAGCGGACUUUUGCCGAGUCCUUGAAGCAUUUCGAACCUGACCUUAAAUUUUGGUCCAUCAAGAUUUUGUUGACGCUUGGAUUCAUGCAGUCAAUGCUCCUGGAGAUUCCUCCGUUGUCCUACCUGUCAGUGACGGAGCAGGACCUUUUCUACGCUUCCAUUCUCUCGGCAGAGUGCUUCGGAGUGAGUCUCCUACAAUGGCGGGCCUGGAAGCCUUCUGAGAAAUGGCUGGAGGAUUUGAGAGAUGCGCAAUUACAAAUGCAUGAGCCUACCUCUUCGCGCUGGACACCGAUACAUUAG